AUGCCGCCAAAGAAGGGAGCGUGGCCGAAAAAACCGUCUGAAGAAGCUGUGGAGGACGAGCAUGAGAGGCUAGUGGAGCUAUCUGCUAGCGCAACAACAGACACCGCGAUGGUGCUCGCAGCUAUCCAGGAGAUGAGCCGAAAAAUGGACGACAGAUUCAACUCUCUAGACGCUGCGAUGAAAGCCUGUCAAGCUGUUCUAGAUGAGCAUGAGACGCGUCUCUCGGCGGUGGAGAACAUGGCCACGGACCACGACGGUAGGCUGGAUGCUGUGGAGCAGCUGGCUAAGCGGCUAGAUGUUGCUAACAGGGCACUACAGGACAAAGUUAUCGACCUAGAGGCACGCUCCAGACGCCAAAAUAUAAAGAUAGUUGGUUUGGCUGAAAACGUGGAAGCAGGUCAAGCUGCUGACUUUGUUUCUAACUUGAUGCCUGCUUUAUUUGGUCGUGAACAUUUCGUUAAACCUGUGGAAGUGGACCGUGCUCUCAGGCUAGGUAGCCUGCGGGCUGGUGUGUCUGGCAGGCCCCGGGUUAUGAUUGCUAGGUUACAUAGCUACUGCACCAAGGAGCGUAUCAUGCGGCUGGCAAUGGAAAAAUCUCCUUUGGUGUACCAGGGGCAGCGUAUUCACAUUUUCCCAGACAUUCCACCUGAAAUUUGGAAACGUCGUCAACUGUUCGAGGAUACCAGAAAGAAGCUAAAGGCCGCAGGUCUUCGCACGGGCUACAUCUUUCCCUCUCGUCUGCGGGUUACCAAUGGCGGGGUCACAUCCACGUUUGACACACCGGAGGAGGCGAAGCUCUAUGCGGACAACCUAGUACCAAGAGUAGAUUGCUGA